AUGAAGUUUCUAAAGCUUGUACUCGCAUACGACGAGGAGGAACAGACUCAGCAGUGGCAGGAUUACGCUGAAAAGCCUCUUGCAGAAUUUCUCGGUAGCAAGAUAGGGUUCGAUGCUGAGUUACAGAUGUACAUCAUCGCGUUGACGCUGUCUCUCGAUGGGCAGGUCACAACGCGUCGCGGCCUCGCGACGAUUCACAAGCACCUCACAUCUAUGGGCAUGUUUGGGACCGGUUUUGCAGCUGUCUAUCCCAAAUGGGGUGGUGGCUCUGAAAUUGCGCAGGUUGCAUGUCGAGCUGGUGCCGUGGGCGGCGCAGUGUACAUGCUCGGUACUGGCAUCAAGGAUGUCAGGCCAGCGACUGAAGGAGACGAGGUCGAGGUUGAGCUGACGAGUGGUGUCACCGUGAAAACUAAGAUGAUCGUGAGAGGGUCUGAAGUAGUACCCGAGGACACAAUACGUGUCAGCAGGCUUGUCGCUGUGGUAGGAUCACCGUUGUCGUCACUCUUCGAAAUCACCAUCGAAGGGGCACCGACACCGGCUGUGGCAGUGGUUGCCAUUCCUCCUGGCUCCGUAAAAGGAGAGGGAGACGUGACAUCCCAAUACCCCGUCUAUGUCAUCGCACAUUCCAGUGAUACGGGCGAAUGUCCCGCAGAUCAAAGUGUUCUCUAUCUCACCACAAUACGUACGCCAGAGUCAAAGGCUCUUCUGGAACGAAGUCUAGACUCUCUACUCGCCGCAUUGAGUACCGACGAGACACCAAAAUGCCUGUAUCAACUGUACUACGAGCAAGCCAGUGGCCAGUCCGAACCUCAGGUUGACGGCCAGAUCUUCACCUUCCCACCACCGUCAGUCAGUCUCGCCUUCGACGACUCGACGCUAGAGCCCGUCCAUCAAGCCUGGAAGAUGGCCAUGGGCGCGGCCGCGGACGAUCCGGAGGUCGAGUACAUGAAAUUCCCAGACCGUGAAGGCAUGGGUGAUGAUGACGAUGUGUACGAAUGA